CCGAUUCUUUUGUCAUUGACGCGUUGACAAUGAUGAACGAAAAUAAAAUAAGUUCAAUUGCAAUUGUCGAUGACGAGGGAAGGUUACUUGGAAAUAUUAGCAUGACAGAUUAUAUUUUACGAAAUUAUAAUCAUUCUUUGAUGUGGAGAACUUGUCAGCAAUUUGUUAGCCAUGUGAGAAGCAGGCAAGGAUUAGAAGAUGGACAGGAUAGAUAUCCCGUGUUCGAUGUUCGUUUAACUUCAACAUUGGGAUAUACUAUCGCUAAAUUGAUUGCAACGAAAUCACAUCGUGUCUGGGUUGUAGAUGAACGAACACAUGCCAUUGGGGUUGUAAGCUUGACCGAUGUUCUUGGUGUAUUCGCGCGUUCAGCUGGUGCAAAUCCAACACCAAAAAGGCCUG